AUGUACCUGGGUGUGGCUAUUUUUGAGCGCUUCCCAGGCACGUACGAUGUUGCCAUCGCUGUACAUGAUGGAACCUACUCCGUCGACUACUCCGUCAUCUCCUUGAAUCCUCCACGAAAUGAUUCACGCAUGCCGACGCCAAGUCAUUCGGGUACUGCUACACCAGUCGACCCAGGCACGGUGACACCUAUCUCGGCCGAAUUUCUUCCAACUGCCAUAUCCGAUCUCAUUGUCGAGAAAAUCAAGUCCUAUCAGGCCCAGCAUCUCUUCAAGUUUAUUGGUGCUGGCUUGACCGAGCAGCUCGUUGCAUUGAGCCACGGCCUCCCUGCAAGGUUGUGGAGUGAGGUGGAUAUUGUGCCACUGGUGUUGGGACCAACCCAGAACAUCACAGAUGAGGAGGCCGAUUCUAUGGCCAGGAAGGCCGUCUUGUUCUUUGGCCCAAAUCAACAGCCUCGUCUCAUGGUUGGUAGCCGCAAUCAGGUCAAGGUCGACUGUGACAAAAUAGCUCAAAUCACCGACACGGAGAGCUUGAAAAACAGUGUCCACGUCAACACCUGGAACGCUAUGAUGGUGUAUGCCGAGUCUCUCAAGAAAAACAACACCACGAUUGCCUUCUUCAACAGCACCCCGCAAGGUGGAGGUGUGGCUUUGAUGAGGCAUGCGCUCAUUCGUCUUCUACGCCUUAUUGGAGUAAACUGCCGAUGGUACGUUCCAAAGCCAAAGCCAGAGGUCUUCCGUAUCACGAAGAACAACCACAACAUUCUGCAAGGAGUGGCUGAACCCGAUCUUCGCCUGGACGACAAGUCUAUUCGCGUCCUUGACAAUUGGUGUGAGCAGAAUGCUGAGCGCUACUGGAACGCUCCGAACUGCCCGUUGGCUCCUCGCUCAGAAGGCGGCGCAGACGUCAUCGUCGUCGACGACCCCCAGAUGCCGUCUCUCGUCAAGAUCGCAAAGAGGAAUGAUCCUGAGCGCCCUGUCGUCUUCCGCAGCCAUAUUCAAGUCCGCGCCGAUCUUGCCAACCAAGCGGAUACACCCACUGCUGAAGUAUGGAACUGGGUGUGGGAUAACGUCAAGGACUGCGAUGUCUUUGUAAGCCAUCCCGUCCGCGAGUUCGUUCCCGGCAACGUUACGUCGGAGAAGGUUGGGUACCUGCCUGCCACAACCGACUGGCUCGACGGUUUGAACAAGAAGCUCGCGCACUUCGACACAGAGUACUACAUGCACCAGUUCAGAGCAGAGUGCUUCAAAAUGGGCAUGGCAACGCUGCAGCCAAACCGUCCGUACAUUGUCCAGAUCGCCCGCUUCGACCCAGCCAAAGGCAUCCCCGACGUUCUCGCCUCGUACGCCGAGCUCCGCCGCGAGUACAUGAAGGACACCAACAUCGAAUCAAUCCCCCAGCUUGUUAUCGCCGGCCAUGGCGCCAUCGACGACCCAGAUGCGACGAGCAUUUACAACGAGACGACGACGGCUAUCAAAAACACCUACCCAGAGUUCAUUGAUGACAUCGUUGUCAUGCGUCUCGGCCCCUCGGACCAACUCCUCAACGUCCUCAUGGCCAACGCGCACGUCGCGCUCCAGCUCUCCACCCGUGAAGGCUUCGAAGUCAAGGUCUCCGAGGCCCUCCACAUGGGCAUCCCCAUCAUCGCCACGCGCCGCGGCGGCAUCCCGCUGCAAGUCGCCGACGGAAAAUCAGGCUACCUCGUCGACGCAGGCGACUACAAAAUGGUCGCCUACUGGCUGCACCACCUCUUCACCGAUUCCGUCGACCACCGCAACAUGUCGCACUACGCGAAGCAUCACGUCAGCGACGAGGUCAGCACCGUGGGCAAUGCGCUUGCGUGGUUGUACCUUGCGGACACGCUGGCCAAGGGUGAGAAGGUCGAGCCCGAUAGCAAGUGGCUUAAUGAUAUGGCGCGCGAGAAGGCCGGGUUCCCGUAUCUGAGCGACGAGACGCGGUUGCCCAGGAACAAGGACUUGUCGCUGCCGCAUUGA